UCCCUUUACAACUCUUCAGCAUCUUUCCAAAAUUCCUCAAUAAUUUCCCGCCGAAAAUAAGGAAACCUAAUGCUGGUUCUGAAGCUGGGAUCAACAGAACACGUUUGAGCUUUUUAGUUUGUUUAACGAUGCAGGCUGGUAAAGGUCGUGGUAGAGGAGUACUAGCCCUCCAGAACUGUAGAACUCCUCUGCGGAGACCCAAGGCAUUCCAGAUAGAGACCAGCAGUGUUCAUUGUGACUUUGAUACAAUCACAUCACCUGAAAUCAAGUAUACGUCAUCCUGGGCCGACUGUGGGACAGAAAGUGAGGAUAGUUUCAUGGAGGGUCAGAGACUAAUGGUCAAGUUCACCUAUAAUGCCAACCCAGACUCGCCCCUGGAGGAGCCAGAGCUCUCAGUCAGACAGAAAGACAACGUGGAGUUCAUAAACUAUAACCCCCAGAACAAGAUGUGGUGUAAAGUUCAGAUGGGGAACAACAAGGGCUAUGUUCCUACUUCAUAUGUGAUGUCUCUAGAAGGGAACGACAAGUUGCCAUGGCUGAAGACACCAACUGAGAUUCCACAGGAGAAAGUUGAAUACAAGCCAUACAAGUCUGCCUACGCUAGAGACACGCCCAGUGAGCCUGCCCCAGCCACAAGCUACCGAUGCGAUGUGUGCUGUAAGGAUUUCAACGGCCCACAGCCCUACGCCAUGCACAUGAAGAGUAAGGCGCACAAGGAAGAAUUGGAGGCUCAGGAGGGGUAGAGGGGACCUCAAAGAGGGGGCAGUAAUUAAUGUGAUAGAAAUGAGAUUAUAAAUGUACAUGUAAGCACAUACUGGAAUUUUAAAAAAAAAGCAAUCGGUUUUAGAGAUGAAGUCUCAGGUAGAUUCUCAGGUGUAGCAGCAUGAGCAAUAUAUCAUUUCAUGUUUUGAGAGGGCUUAUUUUAGAUAGUGUACUUAUUAUAGGAUAAACAAAAAUUCUGCUCAUCAUGAGUCAUGAAGAUGAUGUUUUUGGUUUUAAUGGUUUUUUUUUUUUGGAACCAGGUACUUAAUUUCUUAAAUGAAUUGAAAAGGUUAGAGAAUACAGUGUUUUCAGACACUAUGUGUUGUUAGUACAUGUGUAUGUAUGUGUAAACAAGAGAGAGGUUGUGAAUCCUAAUGUGUACACAGAUUAUUUCUAGUCCAAAUUGAUCCAAAAUGGUGGUCGACUUUUGCUUGUAAAAAGUUUUUUCAGUAGUUUGUAUUUUGUAUAACAGUGAUUUGAAUGCUGCAUUCAGUUAAUACCAAAUAUAUCAAAAUAUCAUUGUACAGGGGUUCUGCUUGUGUGUCAGUUGUCAGAAGAGUAAAGGGAAUUAUCUAAGUUUGUUUACUUGUCAAUUGUCUCCCCUUUCUUGAUCUUGGUAUUGUCUCAUUUAAUUGUUUUUGGUUGAAACUAUGUCUGUUUUUUCUUAAACAUCUAUCAAGUAAAUCAAACGGAACAAAAAUGAACAAGCAUGUUGAUCUCUCAAGCUGUGGAGAUUUGCUUGAAAAUGUAGAUCUCUUUAUCAAAGAACCUGUCAACCAGUUCACUACAACUGUGAUAUUUAAUAUACAUGUAUGUCCAUAAGUAAGGCAGUUCAAGACACACUCACAUGAAGUAGUAAAUAGUUGUGCUUAAAAUAAUCCUAUGGUCGGAUAUUGUGAGUAAAUCAGGACUUACCUGUCUCGUAGUUCUGUAGACAAUUUAUUUUUACUGUUUAUACAUCAAUAAACUCUUGCACAAAAAAGUUAAUAAAUACCAUCUUGAUCAAAGAUGAUUAAUUUUUGUGGAAGAAAAUUUGCCUUCACAUUGUCAGAUUUUGCAGGUGCUACGAUUGUAUAUGUAUUUUUAUUGCAAAAUUAUACCACUGGAAAUUGUAAUUUUAUAAUGCAGGUAUUCUUCAUUAAAACAAUGAUGUUUUUGUAUACAUUCCAUUCAUUGAUAAAAAAUAUUUUCAUUUCAAGUUGUCAAAUUUUGCAAACUUGUUGGAUUUUUGGAAUUUUCUUCGUUGAUGUAUUGGGAAUUUUUUUUUUUGGGGUGUUUUUUGUUUUUGUUUUGCUUUUUCUACAUAUUUUGUUUUGUUUAAAAGGUAGAGAAAGAUAAAUUGUUGGUUUUAGCAGACAGUGCUAUGUGUUGUUUUAUAUUGUUUAAUUUUUAGAUAGAAUAUACAAGGUGUGUAUAUAUAUUUUUGCUUAUUUUCUUUUUUUUUUUACAGUACUUUUCUACAUGCAAUGAUUAUCAUGAAAUUGUUGUAGUAGUUCAAUAGAAUUCAUUUUUCUUGUUUGUAUAGUUUUCAAUGAAAAAGAAUAAGUAAAUUUGAAAUUUUACGUU